CGGGCGCGGCCCGCCCAGCGCGGCCCCGUCAGCGCUGCCAGCGUGGAGCGGUCGGAGCGGCAGCGCUGGGCCCGUGGCCAUGGACGGCUCGCUCGAGAAGAUGGUGGACCCUACUCUAGCAGAAAUGGGGAAGAAUCUGAACGAAGCAAUGAAGAUGCUGGAAGACAAUCAGAGGAAAGCAGAGGAGGAAAAUGAAAAGAAAUAUGCACGGAAGGAUAUUCCUGGACCUCUCCAAGGCAGUGGCCAGGAUAUGGUGAGCAUACUUCAGUUAGUUCAGAACCUAAUGCAUGGAGAGGAGGAAGAGGAACCUUCACAGUCCUACAGGCUUCAGAAUGUUGGUGAACAGGGUCACAUGGCUCUACUGGGACACAGCUUGGCUGCUUAUAUAUCUGUGCUGGACAGGGAAAGACUGAGAAAACUCACAACGAGGAUCCUUUCUGACACUACUCUCUGGCUCUGCAGGCUUUUCAGGUAUGAAAAUGGAUCAGCCUAUUAUCAUGAAGAUGAUCGUGAAGGUCUCCUAAAAAUCUGUCGACUUGUAAUUCACACCCGCUAUGAAGAUUAUGCACUCGAGGGGUUUAACGUGCUCUACACUAAGCAGCCUGUCAUAUACAUCAGUUCUGCAGCCAGAACAGGCCUGGGCCAAGCUCUCUGCAAUCAGUUGGGGCUGCCCCUUUCCUGCGUGUGCCGUGUGCCUUGUAACACGAUGUUUGGAUCUCAGCACCAAAUGGAUGUUGCUUUCUUGGACCGACUGAUUAAAGAUGAUGUUGAGUUUGGAAAACUGCCUUUGCUACUUGUGGCUAAUGCUGGGACUCCAGGGGCUGGGCACACGGACAAGCUGGGCCGGCUGAAGGAGCUCUGUGAGCAGUACAAGAUGUGGCUCCAUGUGGAAGGCGUGAAUCUGGCAACUUUGGCUUUGGGUUAUGUUUCCUCUUCUGUACUGGCUGCUACAAAAUGUGACAGCAUGACUCUGACUCUGGGUUCCUGGCUGGGGCUCCCAGCAGUGCCUGCAGUGACACUCUACAGACACGAGGAUCCAUCCUUGUCCUUGGCAGCAGGGCUGACGUCGAGCCAGCCCGUGGAGAAGCUCCGUGCCCUCCCCCUGUGGCUCUCCUUGCAGUACCUGGGCCAUGAUGGCAUUGUGGAGAGGAUAAAACAUGCCUCUCAACUGAGUCAAAGGCUGCUGGAAAACUUGAAAAACCUGGAUUUCAUUAAAACUUCGGUUGAAGAUGAACUGAGUUCCCCAGUGGUGGUUUUCAAGUUUUUCCAGGAAUAUUCAAAUAGAGAUCAGACCUCACACGCUGCCCAGGCCUCAACUAUUCAGCGCCCCAUAAUAAGCAACGAAGGGCACAUUUAUGACACCUUCAAUCAGUGGCUGGGAGAGCAGCUGGCACAGCUGGUUCCUGCCAGUGGAGUCGAUGUGGUGGAACUGGAGGAUGAAGGCACCUGCGUGCGCUUCAGUCCACUCAUGACUUCUGCAGUUUUAGGAACUGAAAUGCAAGACAUUGAUCAGUUGGUAGACUGCUUAAAAAUGAAGAUACCAGUGUUGACAAGCACACUGCAGCUGAGAGAGGAAUUUGAGCAAGAAGUGAGAAGAACAGUUGGCCUGUUGUAUAUAGAAGAUCUUGGCUGGCCAGGGUUAGGUGUUGUGAGGUACAACUAUCACAGUGAUGGGAAGAAUGAUGACAAACAGGAAAAAGAACUGGAAAAAAUCAAUACAGAACUUCUGAAAAAGUUAAAUGAGCUGGAGUCUGAUCUCACCUUUUCUUUGGGUCCAGAAUUCGGAGGGCAGAAGAACUGUGUUUACAUUGGCAUGGUCACAGAGGAUCUGGAUGUGUCAGAGUUGGUUGAAACUAUUGCAGCAACAGGCAGAGAAAUUGAAGAAAAUUCAAGACUGUUGGAAAACAUGACUGAAGUUGUUAGAAAAGGGAUACAGGAAGCACAACUUCAGCUUCAGAAAGCAAAUGAAGAACGACUGCUGGAAGAGGGGCUGCUGCGCCAGAUCCCAGUGGUGGGCUCGGUGCUGAACUGGUUUUCUCCUUUCCAAGCCUCACCCAAGGGCAGGACAUUCAAUUUGACAGCAGGCUCUCUAGAAUCCACAGAAUCUAUGUAUGUAUCAAAGGCCCAAGGAACAGGCAGCACUCCACCACCAACUCCCACUUCCAGCCUUGCAAAGCAAAGACUUCCUGGUCAGAAAGCUUUCAAGAGGUCUCUGAGAAGUUCUGAUGGGUUCAGUGAGACCAGUUCCAUCAGCCACUGUGAUGACCUGGACAAGCUGGACCAGAGACCCCCAAACCUCUCCCCCGGCCAAGAGCAAGGACCUUUGGAGAUGGAAAGAGAAGAGGAGCAGAAGGAGGUGGCACAGGCAAAGACAGACACUGAGGACAUUCACAGUGACAAAUCGCCACCAGACUGCACCAAGGUAGAGGAUCAAGCAAGUCAAAGAUAAAAUCCAGUGUGGAUUUCAGACUGUGCCGAGGAGGCCCCUGCCCAGGGAGGCAGGGUGGUAAUGAUGCAUUGAAAACAUGAACAGUGCCACACACAGUACAGUAAUAACUACUGUAAUUUAUUAACUGGGAUUUUGCACAAAUAUACAUUCCCUUCCCUGGGACAGAGAUUUGUCUUAUUGUACACUUGUUACAGUUGCUUUAAUCCUCUCCGUGUUGGUGUCACCAAAGCUGUAGUGAAAUUUAUGAAGUGCUCAUGAACGUUUGUUGACAGUUUUCCUUCCUGCAGGAAUCCCCGCAUGACAAGUUACUAACUAACCACAAUGAAAAAUACACUUGCACCCAACAAUUAUAAAAUUAUCUUAUGUUACUAUACUUUAUAAAAAACAACUGCCAGUUGUUCACCUUUUUAGUAUUUAAAAUUCAGUUUAGGCUCUCCUGAGAAACACUUCCUGAAGUGACCCUAGUUCUGUGUUGCUUCUUUUCUGUUACCUUACCCUCACUGAGGAGCACUGGGCUAUCACCCCUUGUUCCUGCUCUUGUACCACUUCACCCCCCAGUCACAGCCCUGGGUAUGGUAGGACUGAGUUAGUGAGUUUUCAGCCCUCUAGAAAGCAAUAGUGCCUCUGCAUGCCUGGCCAGCUUCCUCCUCCUGUCCUGGGAAGGAGCACAAGGCACCGUUACUUUCCUUUGCACGGCCUUUACACACCAAAUACUGAACAUGUUCUUGCAGUGUAACUGGAGUUCUUUCUGUUGUGUAUUUCUAAAGAUAGCUGUAGUAAAGCUUGAAAAACCAAUACAUUUGUGAUGGUUUCAACACUUAUUUUUUGAAUAACAGUAACUUACCUAUGGUAGGAAUUGUACAGACUCAAGAGAAAUUAUUUAGGUUAUUUACAUACAGCACAACUUCAAAGUGUCUGGGACUACUUAAUGCACAAGCAAAGCUUUGAAUAAAUCAAAAUUCAAUGUGUAAAAGUGUUUUCCCCUAAAUCAUCUUAUUCACUUCACUGCAAUUUUCAGAACCUCUUGUGAAAAAGCCAUCUUUGGCAACACUUCCUUUCCUCAAGUAACCUGAUGGUGAUACAAACUCUCGCCUCCCUCUAGAACUGGAUACAAGUACUGCAGUUUGCUCCAUUUGGGUUUUUUCUCCCUCCCUUUUCCCCCCUCAACAGAUAUCCCUUAAUACCAAGAUGACAGUAGGGGUAGUGGGACUGACUUUGAUAAUCUGCAAAAUUUGAGGGUUUUGAAUUGUACUGGCACCUGAUUUGACUCUCAGCUUCUGAAGCCAGCAGUGUUGGGAUGCCAUGAACAAAUUAAUUUUGUUUGGGUAAUUUUGGGGUAAUUUAUGUAAAUCAGUGCAAUUUUUUCUAAAGUGCAAAAGCAAUUAAGUUGACUAGUCUUCCUCCUUGGUUUCUUUAGUGCAAUGAAGUAUAUUAAUAACAGUAAGUUGUUGGGCAUAAAAGUUAUGCCCACAAAGAUUAAUUUUUAAUGUUUUUAUAUCUGGAAAUGUUAAAUCGGUAGUUUUGUUGGAAUGAGCUUCAUUCUUUAAAUACUUACCUGAAUGUUUCAAUAAAGAUUCUUCAAAUUA